GUGAGAAGUCCGUCUGGGCCGGAGACUAUUGGACCAGAUGUAUCUGUACAUCUUCGCCAACCGUGCCACAGUCAGUACUGCCCGUGUCACACACUUCCGGAGACACAGGUUCAAUCUGUACCUCCCGUGCUACAAGAGCAAUCGUUCGUGCUCCGACGCCGCGCUACUGGCUGUGCUCUUGUUUCCUCCCACCUGCAAUUGAGCUGUAUAUUAAUGGUUUCUGUAACCACUGUACAUGGGACUAAUAGUGUAAAUGGAUGCGACAAUCUGGGGGAACGGUUGAUAAGAAUGUGGGGAGAAUUAAAAUCUGUGAACGUAAUAUACAUUGGUGUUUGAUGAGUUGCGUGGACACCGUGGUCCAAAGACUGUAGUCUCUGAACUCUGUCGGGGCUAAAGGUCAUUUGAUCAACGCAUCCAAAUUUGAAAACCUUCCAUUCAGCCAAUGUUCCUCCGAACAUUUUAUGCGGGUCUUGUGUCAGUAAUAUCUCUUCUCUCCUUCACAGUGAACUUGUUGGCGAUUGUGAUUCUCUGUCGAGGUAAAUGCGGUCUCUCCAAAUGCAUCACUCUCUACCUGGUGGCCAUGGCAGCGUCUGAUCUCCUGGUCGGCAUCACCGAUCCAUUUCUGCGUAUGACUAUUCAAUUUCACUUCCCAUAUUCGUUGCUGAACAUUACGCCCGUAUGCGCGACUAACGACGUCCUGGUCUUUGCAUCCACCGCGGUCUCUGUCUGGCUGACGGUGGCAUUCACCUUCGAUCGGUUUGUGGCUAUUUGUUGUGAAAAGCUGAAAACAAGAUAUUGCACUGAGAGAACGGCGGCUGUGAUUAUCGGGGCAGUGAGUGUGCUGGGCUGUUUAGAGAACAUCCCUCGGUAUUUUACGAUAACUCCUGGAUACGUGUUUAAUGAUCUUCCCUGGGGUUGCUACGCCAAACCCACCUUCUAUACGUCGUCUGCAUGGAUCGCGUAUGAUGUCACACACCGCGUUCUAACCCCUUGUAUCCCGUUCUUUCUGAUUCUUCUGCUCAAUGUGCUGACGGUCAGGCGGAUUGUAGCGGCCAGCAGAGUCCGCAGGGGUCUCCGGGACCGCAGCAACCGAGAGAAUGACAAGGACCCGGAGAUGGAGAACCGCAGGAAAUCAAUUGUUUUACUCUUUAGUAUCACGGGCACUUUCAUAUUGCUGUGGGCAACGCAAGCUGUCUUUUACAUAUUUACUAGUAUUACGAAGACCGGAUUUGACAGCUCCCCUACCGGUUAUUACUAUAUCACGAGUGUCACGUCGGCGUUCUUGCAGCUGCUCAGUUCCUGCACUAACACGUGUAUUUACGUGGUGACUCAGAGUAAAUUCAGAGGUGAACUGAUAAACGCGGUUAAAUUCCCACUGAGAGCAAUACGUGCACAUUUACAAUCUGAAUUUCAUACAACACGCAAACAGGAUAUUUGAGCCACCCAUCCGGAGCGGGUGGAGCGGUGGUGGAGCGCUGCUGCUGCUGCGGCCCGACCUCCGGAGAUUCGGAGGCUGCAACUGCGGGUCUGGCGGACGGCGGCACCGGGAGCCCGCGGGUCCCUGGAGGGAGACCGCUUUUCAGGGCUCCCGCAACGGCGACUUCUCCCGCCCGAGUUGCGGGGUCGAAGAGCUCCUGGAGCGGGGCCUCACAGCACCGCCCCGCGCGGCUUGGAAUGGCCGCGGGACUCUGCCGGGGGCUCUAACACCAAGACCCGGUGUGCGACCUUGCAUCACCCGGCGUGGCUUUAAUGACGGCGGGACAAUCGCCAUCGCUAGCUGGGGGAUUUGACUUUGACUCUGACAUG